AUGAGUCGCGGCCGGAUCGCGCCCCACCCGGAGCCGACGUGCUCGCCGUCCACGGGCGAGUACUAUGUCGACGCCUCGGGGGGUGAUCUCCAGGUCGAUGUGUUGAACUGGACGCUAGUCAACGGCGGCCUCGCGCCCAAGUCGUGGACCGACUACCUCUACUUGUCGGUCGGCAGCACUCUCUCCAACGCCGGCGUAAGCGGGCAAGCCUUUCACCACGGACCUCAGAUCAACAAUGUCCACGAGCUCGAUAUGGUCACAGGCAAGGGUGAGCUGAUAACAUGCUCAGAAGAGCAGAACUCAGAGCUGUUCCAUGGAGUUCUCGGUGGUCUGGGACAGUUUGGGAUCAUCAUCAGAGCCCGGAUUGCACUGGAGACAGCUCCUCACGGGGUGAGAUGGAUUCGAGCACUGUACUCCGACUUCGCGGCCUUCACCAGGGACCAGGAGCUCCUCGUCUCGCUCCACAGCGCCCACCGGAGCGAAAGGUUCGACUACAUCGAAGGCUUCGUCAUCAUUGAUAAAGGCCUCAUCAACAACUGGAGGUCGUCCCUCUUCUCCCCCAAGAACCCUGUUAAGCCUGCCUGCGCCGAGUGCCCCGGCUCCAUGCUUGCCGAGGCUCUUCAGCCUUGCUCCUGCGCAGCUAGCCCGGCAGGGCCUUCCCCCUCGGUCGCGUAA